UCUGGGAAAGAUGUCGAGGUUCUGGGGAGGGCGCAGAAGAGGUUUACCGGGGUGCUGCCUGGUUGAGGGGGCAUGAGAGGCCCCUCUGGAGCGCCGGAGGCUGAGCGGAGAUCUGACAGAGAUGAGAGGGUUGGACAGGGUUGAAAUGUGUAAUACCAGAGGGAAUGCACGGCAGCUGAGAGGGUCAGAGGGAAAAUGAGGGGAAAGGUUUUUACUCCGAGUGUCGGAUGCCGGGAACGCGGUGUUGGAGGCAAAGUCAGUGGCAGCUUUUAAGAGCCGUUUCGAUAGGCGCAUCAACGUGAGGAGGAUGGAAGGGUGUGGAUGUUUUGUAGGCAGAACUUCCCACUGGGAAUACGACGGUCCUCUGGGAGUCAAACACUGGCAGGAAGAGUUUGUGUACUGCGGCAAGGAAGCGCAGUCCCCCAUCAACAUCCAGACGCUGAAUGCCCAGUAUGACCGCUCGCUGAAAGCCGUUCGGUUAAGCGGUUACAGUGACCCAUCCUGUGACGCCUUCACCCUCUCCAACAACGGCCACACAGUGCGGAUGGACCUCCCAUCCACCAUGUACAUCAGCAGCUUGCCCCGGAAGUUCCGAGCUGCGCAGCUCCACUUCCACUGGGGGAGCCUGGUGUGGCCCAGUGGAUCGGAGCACCUCGUUGACGGAGAGAGGGCACCUGCCGAGAUGCACAUAGUUCAUUACAACUCGGAGAAAUAUCAGAACUUGUCAGAGGCCAUGAGGAAGGCGGACGGGCUGGUGGUCCUGGGAGUUCUGCUGGAGGUUGGCAAAUUUAAAAAUCCAGCUUAUGAAAGUAUCCUGAGUCACUUGGAAUCGAUCCCAUUUGCAGGUCAGGAGGUGGAGAUUCCAUCUUUUGAUAUCCGGUCCUUGCUCCCUAAACGACUGGACCAAUACUUCACCUACCGAGGCUCUCUGACCACACCACCCUGCUUCCAGAGUGUCCGCUGGAUUAUAUUCCAUCGGCGCGUUCUAUUAUCCCUUUCCCAGUUCAAGACCCUGAGGACUGGGCUGUUCCGCACGUCAGCUGACACAGUGCCAAGUCUGCCAUUGGUCAACAACUUCAGAGACGCCCAGCCAGUUGGGAACCGGCGAGUCAAGGCCUCGUUCCCUGUGGGUUGGGCCGUCCACUUUCGGAAGGCAGUCCAAAAGCUUCUGAAGAUGCUGUCGGUGAAACUGCACUGAGUGUCGGGCUCCCCUCCAGUGGGAGCACUCCCAGGCUCUGAAGAUGCCCCAGUUGUGGAGGAAGAACACUCUCAGCAGAGAGUGAUCUCGCCCUGUCUCAGGAGGAGUGUUUCAGGCUCGUCGGUGGAUACAGUGAAGCUCCGCUCUUUCUUCCCCCUCCCCCCUCCCCGUCAACACAGCCACAGCUUCAUUAUCAUCUCUGGAUCCAACGAUGUGGACACUCCUCUAGCCUGCCCUACCCACCCUUGACCUGUUCACAUGUUCACCUUAACCUCUCCAAUCUCGUUCUAUGCAAAUAAUGCCUGCUUGGUCACCUGCCCGUCUCACAAUGCUACCUGGGACCCCUUACGCUCCAAUAGGGCACCACAGUCACAAUGAUGCUCGUACAGCUCGGGCCGUUCCGAGUUCAAUUCUGGUGCCACUUCCAAGGAGCUUCUCUGUUCUCCCCGUGAGUCACAGUCCAGUUGAGAAACCGGCCAGUAGGUCAAUUGGUCACUGUAAAUUGCCCUGCGAUUAGGCUAGAGUUAAAUAGGUGGGUUGCUGGGCUGAAAAGGCCUAUUCCGUGUUGUAUCUCUAAAUAAUAUCUGAGUUGUGUCUCAGAGCUCUGGAAUUUCCCUUCGAGUCUCUCUACCUCACUUUCUCUCUUUAAGAUGCUUCUUAAAUCUUACCUUUUUAUGGCCACCUGCCCCGGUAUCUCCCCGUGCGUCAGAUAGAGCUGGUCAAUGUUCCAGUGAAAUAGAUUUAUAAAGUGACAUUUAUAAAAGUAAUCCUCCAUUGAGUCAUCAUCACUCCAAUCCUCAGAUCUCUCUCGCUAUACCCACACCUUGCUCCCUCUCACCUGCUCUGUCACCCCUCCAGGUUAAGCGUCAGUUCCCCCAGAAAUUGAAAUUUAAAUGAAAACACUAGGUAAAAGUAGUUUAAUGUUAAUAAAAAAUAUACUUUACACUUGGA